AUUGAGAAUCGAACGGCGGCCAUUGUUGUGGUGUAGGCGAGGAUGGCGUCUGUAGGGACGGUCUCUCUACACUAACCUGCUUCUCACCGUACCCCUGUUUCUAGAUGUGAGAAACCAUGGCGUCUGAUGAAAAGAUACUGGAGGAGGUUGGGGAAUCCUCCCAUGAUACUCCCCAAGCCAUUACCAUUACUAUCAUGGAUCCCUCAGCCUUGGAAACUGCCCCUCUCGAUUCAUCCUUGGUGACAUCAGUGCAAACCCACGAUACUAGUCAUGGUACGAGUACCCUCUUAAUGGUUCCUGGAGGAGGACAAACGAGCAUUAGUGUCAAACACAGUGCAAAGGAUAUCAUACAGACUGUGACUGAAACACACAUGGGACCGCGUGAGUUGCCUGUGAUAUCAAAUAUUUCUAACCCUGAUGAAGAAACUAGUGAAGAGAGUACUAUACAUGUGACAAAGACUAAUGAAUUCGUUGAUGAAAGGGAAGGUGAGGGAGUGGGUGAUGAGGAUGGAGAGGAAGCGGAUGAGCCUGUGGAGCAACAUUGUUUAAUAUGUAAUAUAGCUCUGCCAUCAGACCAAUCGAAAGAAUCUGUUCCUGUUUUCAAAACACAAACGACAACGACACACAGAAAAAUAUCAGUCUUUCUUGGAACACUAAUUGGACAGAAGCUUACUUCACGGAAGGCUCACAGUGAUAUCAUGUGCCAACAGUGUUUUUGUCUUCUCGACACAGUAGAUGCACUGGAGGUAGAAAUUCAUGAUACAAAAGAGGAAAUAGUUAACAAAUAUCAGGAGACUGUUGCAGUAUAUGGGGGAAGAGCUAGAAGAAGAAAACCUGCAGCUGCUAAGAAAACUGAUUAUGUGUUCCCUAAGGUUGAACCAGAGGAUGAGGAUGCACAAAUCCUUGGAUUAGAGAUGGAUGAAAAUUUUGAACCUAGAGUAGAAGACUUAAUGGAGGAAGAGAAUGACCACAGAGAGGAUCGUAGCACUCAGGAUGAAGAAUGGGAGCCAGAACUUAAGAGACCCAGGAUCAAGAAGGAAUCAGUUGAUACAGGGUCAAGUGGGCCUCCCAAAAGAAAGAGGGGGCGGCCACGGAAAGAUGCAUCUAAACCGAAGGAGUUGGAUGCUGGCGAUUAUAUUGCUGAAACAGAAGGCAGUAGAGAUGAAGCGGCUCAGGAAAAUCGACUUGGCCGGUCGGGAACAAUGAAAACAAAGACGUGCAUCUACUGCGAGAAAGAAGUUCCUAUUAUACAGCUAAUUAGUCACUUGGAUGGUCAUGAACAACAACAACAUCCAUGUCCAUUUUGCCAACACUCAUUUUCUAGACUUGCUUUGUCUAGACAUCUUCAGGAGCGACAUCCAGGGUGUUUUAUGUCGUGUGAUGUAUGCUCUUAUAAGUUUAUUGAUUCUCAUGUCUUUAACAUUCAUCAAGUAUCCCACAAAACAGGGGAGUAUUCCUGUAAUGAUUGUGGCAUUAAAUUUGGAACUGCUGAUGAACUUUCUAAUCAUAGAAAGUUAGUUCAUAUUAUAAAAAAUGACGAGAAAUAUUCUUGUCCUGUGUGUGCAAAAACGUAUGAACUUAGAUCUAAAUUUAUAACACACAUAGUGAAACUUCAUAAAGGUCAAGUUCCAGUUGAUGGUCUCAUAUGGGGCAGUAGGGGUUCAUUGGUGUGCUGUACCUGCAAGAAAAAGUUCAAAAAAGCUUCCUUAUUCCUAGCCCAUGAAAAGACCCAUUGGAAUAAUAGAUUAAUUUGCCAACAUUGUAAAAACACUUACCCCUCUCUCACACUGUUGCAAGACCAUGUACUCACUCAUUAUUUUGGUGAUUAUGUGUGUAAUGAAUGCUGUAUUAAAUUUACCUCCCUUCAUCAACUAAAUAUGCAUGGAAAGAAAGUACACCGGGUUAAAGUUAGUAAUGUUUGUGAAUAUUGUAACAAAGAAUUUAGUGAACAAGUCUAUUUAAUUUGCCAUAGACGUAAAGAACACCCAGAAUCUGAAGAGUGCCGCAAAGCCAAGUUCAGUUGUUCAGAAUGUGGAAUGAAAUUCAUGGUUAGAGGCAAUCUUUCAAAACACCUUCGAAUGCACGACAGAGAAAAAGUUGCCAAGCCAUGUGCCUGUGAUGUGUGUGGCAAAGUGCUCUCAAAUAAAUAUUCACUUGCAUCACAUCAAAAAACUCAUUCACGUGACACAUCUUAUAAAUGCAAAGUUUGUGAUAAAGCCUUUGUGUCAAAGUAUACCCUCGUAGACCAUGUAAGACGAAUUCACGAAGAGGUAGGAUGUGGUAGGGACAAGGUUUGUAAAGAAUGUGGACGUACUUUCUUCACAAAUUCAGAGCUCAAGUAUCAUAUAAAAACUCACACUGGUGAAAGGCCUUACAGAUGUGAUAUUUGUGGAGAAACUUACCUGUCUUCAUCUUCUUUAAGAUAUCAUAUGCAGAAACAUUCCAAUGUCAUGUUUGUUUGUCAGGAUUGUCAAGCCAAGUUUAAAAACUAUGUAGGGUGGAGUGCACACAUGAAGCGCGUACAUGGUGUUUCAUGUGUAAAGGGCUACACUAAAGAGCAUGGCAUUUUAAAGGCUGUAAUAGAAAAAGAGAAUCCAUCUCUAUAUAUUGUUGCACAGGGUCAUAAUAGAGCAGUUGAAGCUGAGAAUAAAGCUUCAAAGGAAAUACUAAUUAAGGAUAAUUUAAGUUCAGCAGAAGCUGUAGAUUUGGAAGAGACUGUUAGCAUACCAAAGAAGGACAGUAGCAAUAUCAUUCAUGUUUCAUAUGAUGAUCUCGCAAACCCUUUGGUACAUACUGUUGAUGCUAAAGAAGUUGGGUUGGGAAAUUCCCAAAUUAAGGAAGCACAAAGUUCAAAUUCUGCCUUACCUGGAACCUCAGGAGUUGAGGCAAAUUGCAUUGAUUCUGUUACUGAGUCAAAUUAUUCCCAGACUAUAGUCAAGACAAAAGUGAUGGUUCCUGAGGGAUGGGAAGUGAUAUUAGCAACAGAGUGUCAAGAAUCUCAAGAUGUGUCUGAAGAAUGGGAAGGGCCUCGAAUGGCUGUCUCACAAGUUCCACAGACAAGUGAAGAUCAACCAAUGGUCUUGAGAAAUGAAUGGGAUGGGGCACAGGGCAUGGCACAGCUGGUUAUAUCAGAGGAAGGGGAGGAAACUCGUAUUGUCAUGACAUCUUGGAAAGAUUGUGUAGAAUUCUAAGUGGAUUCAGAUCCAAGACAGUAAGCAGGGCUUGGAAGUUUGAGAUCUUCCAUUUGGGCUGUUUUCUUUUCCCUCUAUUUUAUUUAUGUAUAUGACUGUAAUUUUUUGUAAAUUAUGUAUAUUGUGCAGUAGUGCUGUAUAACUUGAAAUAAGGACAGGUUGUAUGAUUAACCCUUUGACUGUCAAAACCCCAAAUCCUGAGGUGUCUCCUGGUGUCGCAAAAUAUUUGAAAAAAAAAAAUUGUAUAAAAUGAUAGAGAACCUUUUCCCGAUGGUAAUGAUAUCAAAGGUACGAAAUUUGAUGGAAAACUUAAGGAAUUACGCUCUCACGAAGUUAGCAACCUUGGCUGUAUUUACAAAUCGGCAAUUUCGCCCACUUUGAGCCCUAUUUUUGUCUAAUUCCUUUGUUCCAGUCGACCAAACUCAUAACUAUUCUUUAGAACUCAAUUUGUUCUAUCGAUUGAGUACAAGAAACUGCCCAUUUACUGAUUUCAGCUACCCAAUAAAGUGGUCAGAAAUUGGCAAUUUGGCCAAUUUCAUGCAAAUUAAAAAAUAUGCCAGUUUCAAAAUAGGGUCCAAAAUGAACAAUGCAGACAUUCCUGGCUAUAAAAUAACAUUUUCUCUGUUCAUCAGUUACAUCUCCAGGCCCCUCAGAUAUUGCUCUUGCUUUGUAUUUUGAAUUUUUAUUCAAACAAAAAAUAAAAUAUUUACUGUUAUGCAGACUACUACAAUAUUGUAAUAAUUGUAUAAAUAGCAUUAAUUCAUUCAUGACUGCAUACUAGAAUGGCUAUUUGGAUAUUUAUUGGACAAUGACAUCAUUUGUUUACUCUUGAACAUUGGCAAAAAUCAAACAUUUCCCUUACUUUGAACUCCAUUUCAAGGUCCUAUUCAUUUUGAAACCAAUCAAAAUCACUUCUAUUUCUAUAAUAUGUUUUCCAUUCUAUCAAAUGUGACUAUGAAAAUGAGAAUAUAACCAUAAAAACUACAAAAAUGCACCUCAAAGUCAGCGUUUUAAUCCAAAAACACAUUUGGAGUUUUUUUUCUCAUUAUGCACUGCAUGCUGCAGGAUUUUUUUAUAUGGUGCACACUAACCACACAGACUGAUUCUCUCACAUGUGGGCCUACCAGCUUUCUCCUGCUUGAUUUGAAGCUGCUAGAAUUUUUGAGUACAGGUACCAUCCAACUUACGACCGAGUUCGGUUCCGACCAACCGGUCGUAAAUCGAAAUGGGCGUAAGUUGAACCUUACUACUGAAUAUCAACAUCACAUUUUUGUAAUGACAUUAUUUUAUUGUUUUAUUUUGAUAUUUCAUUUUUUACUUUACUUUUUAUACUGUUAGUACUGUAUUUUAUACUGUAAGCUUUAGGAUAAACACUGUGUACAACACAAACAGUUGUUUAUUUGCCAGAAAUUUGGCAUAAAAAACACGGUCGUAAGUUGAGUGAUCGUGUUUCGAGCAGGUCGCAAGUCGGAUGGUAGGUGUAUAUAUAUACCACGUCAAACACUGUGGCUCGUAAGACGUAUAUAUACAAUCGAAACAGUCAAAAGGUUAAAAUAGUCUGCAUAUGAAGUAAUUGUACUUGGUUACUUUUUUAUUGCCAUUUUGAAACCCUGACUAAUGUAUUUUGCAUCUGAAGACAUUAAUAAACAUUUUCAAUGGUUCUCCAAACUUUAACCCUCUGGAAGUUUUAAUUAUACUAGUGUGUUGCUUUUGUGUAAGCAGGGUUUUAUAUUUAAACUUAGUUUAUAUUCAGUAUCUAGUAUAUAUUGAGAAUACAGUCCCAGUUUUAACCCCUUUCACUAUUGUUACCCUGGAAAUUAAAAGUGCUGUCAGUGUCUUGGUUUAAAAAAAAAAUCUUCUGAAAUAGAAUCUUUUUCUAGGCAUUGGCACCAAAAAUGCAGUCUGGGCACAAUUUACACAACAGCCGUUUCACUAAAGAAUACUUUGCCUAUUACAUGGCUCAGAUUUAUCUAAUUCUUAGCUUUUUUGCUAGUGCUUUCUGUUCUAUUGAUUAAGCACAUGAAACUCCUCAUUCAGCUAUCAGAACUAUUCUGUAAAGUGAGCAAGUCAGCAGUUUAGCCAAUUUUACACAAAAUUCAACAGAUUCCAAUUUAAAAUGAAAUCAAAAUAAGCACUGUAGGCAUUCCAGCCAAUUAAGCAAUAUUUCCUUUGUUCAUUAAUCAUGUAUCCAGGCCUCUCCUAUAUAACAAUUGCCCUCUAUUUUGAAUCCAUCGUCAUACAAGAAAUUGAAGCUUUACCCUGUUUUCUCAGCCAGUAGAAUAUAACUGAGAAUGACUGGUUAUGAUUUAGUCCUUCCAAAUAAUUGAAGCAGAUCUAGUAAAGACUCAUAAUAAAUACUGGGGAGGGGGCCCUACCCUUCCUCAGAAAAAUUGCCAAAAUCCAAUAUUUUUGCCACUUUGAAGCCUAUUUCAAGCCACUCAUGGUCUGAAACAAAAAAAUCAUCUCCAUUUAUUAUGUCGUCCAUUCUAUAAGUUGAUACAAUGAAACAACCAAUAAAGCCACAAAAACCACACUAGAACAUGCCUUAAAGUUGCUAUUUUAAAUCUAGCACAGUCAGAGAUUAGCUGUUUCCAUGUAAUGAGUGGGGCAAGUUUUUUUUUUUAUGCUGUACACAUCUGCCACACAACCACUCUUUCAUGUUGAGGGCAGAAUUUACUGAUCACAGCAUAACUGAGGGUGCUAUGAAGAUGUAGAUCUACAUAAGUGACAUACAUGUGUGUAUGUGACAGUGAAAGGGUUAAUGGCAUGACUAGAGGAACACUGCAGCAGGGCUAUUGGACUAUGCAAGGGAAGUCUUCAGAUCAAGCCCUUCUCACUCAUAUUUAUCUAUUCUAUUGUUAAAGCUACCAAGGGUGUUAGCUUCAGUGACUACUUGGCAUAUUCUGCAGAUCUACAACUGUUGCCAAACUGGUACUUUUUUAUAUGCUUUCUCAAUCUGAAAUUAUUUAAACUUCUUGGCACCUUCAGUAUCACUAGUAUUCCCUUUUGAUACCUCAUUUCAUAUCCAGACAUGAGAUGAAGUGAAAAGAUUAUAAAUAUAAUGAUAGCACAGGAACUAGAAAUGAUAGGGUAUACACCCAUGAGGCAGUUGGUGCUCGCAUUAAUUGGGGGGGGGGGGGUAAGUAUCACAGUGAUGGUAAAUCUAGUGUAAAACAUUGAAGAUUGAAAGUGCAUAGGAGGGAAUGUAUCCUGCCUACACCAGCAUGAAAGCUGAACCUUUACAGCGAAAAUUAGAAGUAUGAUACAAAACAAGUGAAUUGCAGUGUUAAAAAUGCAGUAGUUGGAUGCACAAAAGGUAACAGUUUGCUGUAUUUGAUUUGACAUGAAACAAUAUUUUAUAUGUAUGUAAUUAAUAUGUUAGUCUAACAUACCUUCUACCACUAGCUUAGUAAACUGCUACCUCAUUAGUAAACCCUUGUUUUAACAUACAGUAGUUGUUUAUAAUUUGUGCAGGUUACAUUCCUGAAAUCUGCACUGUUAAUGGUUUCUGUGACUUGAAUGAAAACACAUGGGAAAAAUAGGGUUGGGUUCAUCAGACCUCCAUUCCUAAGGCCUGGGAGAAGCCAGUUGUUGACUUCGAGUUUUAGUUUUUGAUAAUAUUACAGUGGAACCUCAAAUAUCGAACUUAUCCAUUCCAGGAGCUAGUUCUAAAUUCGAAAAAUCUGAAAGCGAAGUAAUAUUUCCCAUAAGAAAUAAUGGAAGUACAAUUAAUUCGUUCCAGAAACACAAAAAUAUUUACAAAAAAAAUACAUUUUAUAGAGAUUAAUUGCAGUUUUACAUACACACAACAAAUAUAGUGUUCAAUUAUGUAUUAAUAAAUGUAAAUAAACAUAUAAAAUAACAUUUUUACUUACCUUUAUUGAAGAUUGGUGAUGGCAUCUGGAAGAUAGGGAGGAGGAGAGAGGGAGUUGGGGUUAGUGUUUGGAAGGUGAAUCCCCCUCCAUGAGGACUUCCGGUAUUAAAGCCCUCUCUGGGGUUACUUCCCUUCUUUGUCUUUAAAUGCCACUAGGACAAGCUUGAGAGUUACUGGACCCUGUCUCUGUUUCUGGUGCCUCUUUAACCCUUUGACUGUCGCAGGCCCCUUUCUGAAACUGUCAUUCUAUGUCGCAAAAGUUUUGGAAAAAAAAAUGAUUUUUUCUUGUGAAAUGAUAGAGAAUCUUUUCCCGAUGGUAAUGACACCAAAAGUACGAAAUUUAGUCGAAAACUCGCGGAAUUACGCUCCUGUGAAGUUAGCGGUCUCGGCGACAUGUACGCAUCAGCAAUUUCGCUGGCUUUGAGCCCUGUUUUUGGCCAGUUCUGUUGCUCCAGUUGACCAAACUCAUAGCUAUUUCUUUAGAACUCCAUUUUUCUAUCAGUUGAGUACAAGAAACCGCCCAUUUACCGAUUUGAACUACCCAAUAAAGUGGUCAGAAAUUGGCAAUUUGGCCAAUUUUAUGCAAAUUAAAAAACAUGCCAAUUUUAUAAUAGGGUCCAGAAUAAACAAUGUAGACAUUCUUGGCACUAAAAUAACACAUCCUCUGUUCAUUAGUCAUGUCUCUAGGCCCCUCUUAUAUUACUAUUGCUUUCCAUUUUGAUUUUUUAUUCAUACAAAAAAAAAAAUACAAAAUUUACUGUUAUGCAGACUAAUGCAUUAUUGUAAAAAUGGGAUAAAUAAUAUCAGUGCACUAGUGAAAGAAUAUUAGAAUCCCCAGUUGAUAUGUAUUGGACGUGUGGUGUAAUCUGCUUACUCCUGAACAUUGGUAAAAAUCGAGCAUUUCUGCUAAUUUGAACUCAAUUUCAAGGUCGUUUUCAUUAUGAAAGUAAUGAAAAUCAUCUCUAUUUCUGUAAUAUGUUUUCCAUUUUAUCACCUGAGACCAUGAAAAUGAGAAUACAACUAUAAAUACUAUACGAAAAUUCACCUCAAAGUCGGCGUUUUAAUCCAAAAAAAUGGUCAUUUUUUUUUCCUCAUUACGCACUGCGUGCUGCAGGAUUUUUUUAUGUAGUGCACACUGACCACACAGACCCAUUCUCUCACAUGUGGGCCUACCAGCUUUCUCCUGCUUGAUUUGAAGCCGCUAGAAUUUACGCGUAUAAAUAAGCAUGUAUGCACCUGGAGAAGGGAGGAAUGUAGAGGAGAGAGAGAUUUUGGGAGAUGUUAAGUGAAUGUAUAGGAACCUUUGAACCAAGUGAGAGAAUAAUUGUGGUAGGGGACCUGAAUGCUAAAGUAGGAGAAACUUUUAGAGAGGGUGUGGUAGGUAAGUUUGGGGUGCCAGGUGUAAAUGAUAAUGGGAGCCCUUUGAUUGAACUUUGUAUAGAAAGGGGUUUAGUUAUAGGUAAUACAUAUUUUAAGAAAAAGAGGAUAAAUAAGUAUACAAGAUAUGAUGUAGGGCGAAAUGACAGUAGUUUGUUGGAUUACGUAUUGGUAGAUAAGACUGUUGAGUAGACUUCAGGAUGUACAUGUUUAUAGAGGGGCCACAGAUAUAUCAGACCACUUUUUAGUUGUAGCUACACUGAGAGUGAAAGGUAGUUGGGAUACAAGGAGAAUAGAAGCAUCAGGGAAGAGAGAGGUGAAGGUUUAUAAACUAAAAGAGGAGGCAGUUAGGGUAAGAUAUAAACAGCUAUUGGAGGAUAGAUGGGCUAAUGAGAGCAUAGGCAAUGGGGUCGAAGAGGUAUGGGGUAGGUUUAAAAAUGUAGUGUUAGUGUUCAGCAGAAGUUUGUGGUUACAGGAAAGUGGGUGCGGGAGGGAAGAGGAGCGAUUGGUGGAAUGAUGAUGUAAAGAGAGUAGUAAGGGAGAAAAAGUUAGCAUAUGAGAAGUUUUUACAAAGUAGAAGUGAAGCAAGGAGGGAAGAGUAUAUGGAGAAAAUGAGAGGUUAAGAGAGUGGUGAAGCAAGGAGGGAAGAGUAUAUGGAGAAAAUGAGAGGUUAAGAGAGUGGUGAAGCAAUGUAAAAAGAGAGCAGAUGAGAGAGUGGGUGAGAUGUUAUCAACAAAUUUUGUUGAAAAUAUGAAAAAGAUUUGGAGUGAGAUUAGCAAGUUAAGGAAGCCUAGAGAACAAAUGGAUUUGUCAGUUAAAAAUAGGAGAGGAGAGUUAUUAAAUGGAGAGUUAGAGGCAUUGGAAGAUGGAGGGAAUAUUUUGAGAAAUUGUUAAAUGUUGAUGAAGAUAGGGAAGCUGUGAUUUCGUGUAUAGGGCAAGGAGGAAUAACAUCUUGUAGGAGUGAGGAAGAGCCAGUUGUGAGGGUGGGGGAAGUUCGUGAGGCGGUAGGUAAAAUGAAAGCGGGUAAGGCAGCCGGGAUGGAUGGGAUAAAGAUAGAAAUGUUUAAAGCAGGUGGGGAUAUAGUUUUGGAGUGGUUGGUGCAAUUAUUUAAUAAAUGUAUGGAAGAGGGUAAGGUACCUAGGGAUUGGCAGACAGCAUGCAUUGUUCCUUUGUAUAAAGGCAAAGGGGACAAAAGAGAGUGCAAAAAUUAUAGGGGGAUAAAUCUGUUGAGUAUACCUGGUAAAGUGUAUAGUAGAGUUAUUAUUGAAAGAAUUAAGAGUAAGACGGAGAAUAAGAUAGCAGAUGAACAAGGAGGGUUUAGGAAAGGUAGGGGGUGUGUGGACCAGGUGUUUACAUUGAAACAUAUAAGUGAACAGUAUUUAGAUAAGGCUAAAGAGGUUUUUGUGUCAUUUAUGGAUUUGGAAAAGGUGUAUGACAGGGUAGAUAGGGGGCAAUGUAUGGUGUAGGAGGUAGGUUACUGAAAGCAGUGAAGAGUUUUUACGAGGAUAGUGAGGCUCAAGUUAGAGUAUGUAGGAAAGAGGGAGAUUAUUUCCCAGUAAAAGUAGGCCUUAGACAAGGAUGUGUGAUGUCACCGUGGUUGUUUAAUAUAUUUAUAGAUGGGGUUGUAAGAGAAGUAAAUGCAAGGGUCUUGGCAAGAGGCGUGGAGUUAAAAGAUAAAGAAUCAUACAUAAAGUUGGAGUUGUCACAGUUGCUCUUUGCUGAUGACACUGUGCUCUUGGGAGAUUAUGAAGAGAAGUUGCAGAGAUUGGUGGAUGAAUUUGGUAGGGUAUGCAAAAGAAGAAAAUUAAAAGUGAAUACCGGAAAGAGUAAGGUUAUGAGGAUAACAAAAAGAUUAGGUGAUAAAAGAUUGGAUAUCAGAUUGUAGGGAGAGAGUAUGGAGGAGGUGAAUGUAUUCAGAUAUUUGGGAGUGGAUGUGUCAGCGGAUGGGUCUAUGAAAGAUAAGGUGAAUCAUAGAAUUGAGGGGAAAAGGGUGAGCGGUGCACUUGGGAAUCUGCGGAGACAAAGAACUUUGUCCUUGGAGGCAAAGAGGGGAAUGUAUGAGAGUAUAGUUUUACCAACGCUCUUAUAUGGGUGUGAAGCAUGGGUGAUGAAUGUUGCAGUGAGGAGAAGGCUGGAGGCAGUGGAGAUGUCAUGUCUGAGGGCAAUGUGUGGUGUGAAUAUAAUGCAGAGAAUUCGUAGUUUGGAAGUUAGGAGGAGGUGCGGGAUUACCAAAACUGUUGUCCAGAGGGCUGAGGAAGGGUUGUUGAGGUGGUUCGGACAUGUAGAGAGAAUGGAGCGAAACAGAAUGACUUCAAGAGUGUAUCAGUCUGUAGUGGAAGGAAGGCGGGGUAGGGGUCGGCCUAGGAAAAGUUGGAGGGAGGGGGUAAAGGAGGUUUUGUGUGUGAGGGGCUUGGACUUCCAGCAGGCAUGCAUGAACGUGUUUGAUAGGCGUGAAUGGAGACAAAUAGUUUUUAAUACUUGACGUGCUGUUGGAGUGUGAGCAAAGUAACAUUUAUGAAGGGAUUCAGGGAAACUGGCAGGCCGGACUUGAGUCCUGGAGAUGGGAAGUACGGUGCCUGCACUCUGAAGGGAGGGUGUUAACCCUUUGACUGUCGCGGCCGUAUAUAUACGUUUACGAGGUACCGUGUUUGACGUAUACUCAUAAAUUCUAGCGGCUUCAAAUCAGGCAAGAGAAAGCUGGUAGGCCCACAUGUGAGAGGAUGGGUCUGUGUGGUCAGUGUGCACCAUAUAAAAAAAAUCCUGGAGCACGCAGUGCAUAAUGAGAAAAAAAAACUCGGACCAUUUUUUUUAAUUAAAAUGCCGACUUUGUGGUCUAUUUUCGUAUAGUAUUUGUGGUUGUAUUCUCGUUUUCUUGGUCUCAUUUGAUAGAAUGGAAACUAUAUUAUAGAAAUAGAGGUGAUUUUGAUUAAUUUUAUUAUAAAAAGAACCUGGAAAUGGAGCACAAAUACGGGAAAUGUUUGAUUUUUACCGAUGUUCAAAAGUAAACAAAUGAUGUCAUUGUCCAAUAAAUGUCCAAAUAGCCAUUUUAAUAUGCAGUCAUGAAUGGGUUGAUGUAAUUUUUACAAUUAUUACAGUAUUGCAGUAGUCUGCAUAACAGUAAAUCUUCUAUUUUUUGUUUGAAUAAAAUUUCAAAAUAAAAAGCAAGAGUAAUAUCACAGGGGCCUGGAGACAUGACUGAUGAACAAAGAAAAUGUUAUUUUAGAGCCAGGAAUGUCUGCAUUGUUCAUUCUGGUCCUUAUUUUGAAAUUGUCAUAUUUUUUAAUUUUCGUGAAAUUGGCCAAAU